AUGCGUCGGUUAAAGCCUGUUUUCUUAGAUGUGAAGAAUAUUGGGCGCGAUGGAAAUAAAACCACUGUAUCGAUUCCGCUGAGAGUUGAUCUUGGGAAGCAGCCUCAUAAGAGUACGGAGGAAAAUAGUCAGGACACUAACAGUCCAGUAGAACAAGAUGUCCCUCUUGGCAAUCUCGAUAAGCAGGAACUCUCAACUCAACAGCAAAAUCGCGUUUUGAGUAUCUCUGUUAACUGGGAAAAGGAUGGGGUAUUUUCUCCUUUGUAUGCAGACGAGGCAACUGUUAGCUAUGGCCAUACGUGCAGAACCGCAGCAGUAAAGCUGUUCCGACUUCUGGAUGCCUCAGGUGAGCUCAAUUUACAGUAUCCUUAA